AAUUUUAAAGUAUACCUAAAUCAACCGAACAAUGCAUCAGCAAACUAAACCGGAUGUUCGAAAUUUUUUAAUGUAAAUUAGCAGCUCUACUUCUAAUUAUUGUGCAAAUUCGUACAUAAUAGCCAAAAAGUAUCUUCUACAGAUAAUAAAAGAUUAAGAAAAUGGAACAAUUCAAAGGCUUAGAGAAAACACUUUUCAUAUGGACACAAUCAUCUCUUGUACAGGCCAGUACAGAAAAAUUGAAAGAGGCAACUGGCGGUGAGGUUAUUCUAGAAAAUAUCAAUCGCUUGACUUUCGCCACUUACGGCGAGGCUACUUUCGAUCUAAUUGUAAUUGAAAAUGCACAGUUGACAGAUGCUUUCGAUAAAUUGCUGCGCUUGCUGAAGCCAAAUGGAAAAUUAUAUUUAGCCAGUAUUUUUGGUACACCCGAAGUUUUUCAACAAGAACUAAAACUUUCUGGCUUCAUUAACGUUACUAUAAAUAAGGAGGACGGCACUUUGACUAGUCAGAAACCAAAUUAUGAAACUGGCUCAGCAAUCAAGUUGUCCUUUGCUAAGAAAGAUGGCAAAACCCCAUCGGUAUGGAAAGUUAAUGGUGAUGGCGAUGAAGAGCUAAUCGAUGAAGAUGAUUUGUUGGAUGAAGAGGAUAAGAAAAAACCGGAUCCUGAAACCUUGAGAGUUUGUGGCACCACUGGUAAACGGAAGGCCUGCAAAAAUUGUUCUUGCGGUUUAGCGGAAGAGCUUGAAACUGAGGCUGCACAAAAGUCUAAGGCUGACACAGCAAAUGCUAAAUCCAGCUGUGGCAAUUGCUACUUGGGUGAUGCAUUCCGUUGCUCUUCAUGUCCGUAUCUUGGCAUGCCUGCAUUUAAGCCUGGUCAAAAGGUAGAAUUGGCUGGCAAUUUACUUAAUGAUGAUAUCUAAGCAAUCACCAAUACACUUUGCUGUGAUUUACAUGUAUUCGUAUUUAAUAAUAUUGUGCAAACGCAUCUAAGAAUUAAUAUAGCAUAUUUAGUUCCGACUGAUGUGAGGAAAUAGUUUUAGGAAAUCGAGAUUUCUUGUCUGCAAACAAACAUUACUAAACUUUGCAGCAGUUUACUUAAUUUCCAGGUUUGAUUUCCGAAGUUUAAGUGUGUUCGUUUGCCGUUGCCGUUUUUGGACCACCCUAUUAAAUCAAUCAUUAGAUUUAUUUAGCCUUUCCAAAUAUCUUGAAAAUAUCAAUAUUUCGUAUGUAGAAGUUUUAUAUACGUAUGUAA